GAGAUCUUCGUCAGCCACGCUUGGACGGAAGACUUCGGAGAGUUCAUCCAAGGUUUGACUCGCUUCGCCGUCUCCUUGACAUUUCGGGAGUCUCCGGCGCUGCCUCAGGAUGCUGCUGCCACGCACGCCCGUGGCUGCAGCUUUUUCAUCCACGCUUUCUCGGACACUAUGUGGUCAGACGACAAGGGCAAAUCCCUCGAGGAUCUCCCAGUCUACGAGACCCUGGCCAAGAGCAACAUCAAGACCGUGCUGCUGAGCACGGGCCUGGAUGGCAGUUCGCUCCUUCGAGCCUGGUGUUGCGUGGAGCUCUUCCUGGCCAAGGAGUUCCAGCGCCCUGUGGUGCUGAAUACCCGGUUGGGUCCAAUGCAG